AUGUUCUCUGCUUGCAGAAGAGGCCCUGCCUCAAUAUCCAGAGCCCUUCGCGCAGUCCCAUCAACCAUUCGAAUCCCUUCAACCAGACCUUCAACCCUCUCUCUUAUCUCACAAAAAUCUUCAAUUUCCGCCUUAGAGUCAAGAUGGUUACAUGUUUCUGCCGUUUCACAAUUACAAAGUGUUGCCACGAAAGAAGCUGCGGUUAUCCAAGAAAAUAAAAUCAUUAAUCGAUUCGAUGAACUCACCAAGUAUGGUUUGGUUCACCCAAAUGUUGUCAAUGAAAUCACUGAUACCAUGAAACUCGAGACCAUGACGGAAGUGCAAACCAUGACAAUUAACCAAGCCUUACAAGGAACUGAUAUUAUUGCACAAGCACGAACUGGUACCGGAAAGACAAUUGGUUUCUUGCUCCCUACUAUUCAAAACAUUCUUGAGAAGAGUCCUGAGCUAGCAACCCGUCAACGUUAUUCCAGGGCUAGACCAUCCGAUAUUCGCGCAAUCAUCAUAUCCCCUACUCGUGAAUUGGCAGAGCAAAUUGCUGUCGAAGCCGUCAAGAUUACAAGAAACACCGAUUUAAUUGUGCAAGUUGCAGUUGGAGGAUCAAGCAAGAGAGAGAUGCUUAGAAAAGUUCAACGUGAAGGUUGUCACAUUCUUGUGGGCACUCCCGGAAGACUCCAAGAUCUUUUGAUGGAUGAGUACAGUCAAGUAUCUGCUCCAGGAUUAACAACUUUGGUUCUUGAUGAAGCAGAUCGACUUUUGGAUGAUGGAUUUUCUAAAGAUAUCGAAAACAUUGAGGCAUUAUUACCUAACCGCAAGGAAGUUGAUCGUCAAACACUGUUAUUUUCCGCUACUGUUCCAAGAGAGGUCAUGCGUCUCGUUAAAAGAACGCUGAAGCCAGGUUAUCAGUUUGUACAAACUGUUAAGGAAGGAGAUGUCGCCACUCACGAGAGAAUUCCUCAAAAGAUUGCCGCUACCGUGGGUUUGGAGAACACCAUACCAGCCUUGGUCGAGCUUUGCAAGAAAGGAAUAGAAAAAGCUAACACCGAGGGUACCUCCCCAUUCAAAGCUAUUGUAUACUUUAACUCAACAGCCAGUGUCCAAUUGGCUGGAGAGAUCUUCAAGGGCAUAGAUUCGCUUCAUUCCGUUGAAACAUCUGCUAUUCACGGCAAGCUUUCACAAGAAAGAAGAACUAGAGUUACAGAUAGGUUCCGUCGUGCCCAAUCCGCAAUUAUGUUUUCUAGUGAUGUUACUGCUCGAGGAAUGGACUUUCCAAAUGUCACUCACGUUAUUCAAGUUAGUGUGCCUAGGGACAGAGAUACAUACAUCCACCGUGUAGGCCGAACUGGAAGAGGAGGUAAAGAAGGAGAGGGAUGGCUCAUCAUGACGCAAGCUGAGAUUCCAGUCGCUCGUCGAUUACUCUCUGCCCUUCCAAUCACACCCGAUCGUACACUAGCGACCGCUCUUGUUGACAUGAAAAAAGAUGCUCAAUUACCAGCCGCUACAGCAGAGAUCCUCAAUGAAGUCGGUCAAGCAACAAAGAGAGUUGAUCGUGAAGUCAAAGUUGACGCUUACAUGGCAGCAAUUGGCGGUGGCCGAGCAGGUCAAAACAAUAGAGAAUUGAUGAUGUCUUUGAAUGACAUGGUCAAGUAUGGUUGGGGAUGGGAAAAGCCUCCCUUGAUUAGCCCUGGCAUGGCGCAAAAAUUAGGAGUUGCUAAGCUUCCUGGCAUGAAUAUUGGACACGCAAGUCGCGAGGAUGACGAUGAUUUUGGUGGUGGACGAGGAUUUGGAAGUAGUAGUGAUGGUGGAAGAGGCUUUGGCAGCGGUGGUGGUGGUGGUGGUGGUGGGAGAGGCUUUGGAAGCAGUGGUGGUGGUGGUGGAAGAGGCUUUGGAAGCAGUGGUGGUGGACGAGGAUUCGGAGGUGGUGAUCGUGGAUCCAGUGGAGGAAGAGGAUUUGGCGGUAACCGAAGUGGUGGAGGUAAAGGAUUUGGACGAAGUGACAGAAGUGGCGGAAAGGGAUUUGGUGGUGGCGGUAGUGGCGGUAGAGGAUUCGGCGGCUCAAGCUUCUAA